UUAAUCAUACUCAGAAAGCUUUUUUUAUUAUAAGAACUCAGAAAGCGUUUCGUCCCUUUUAAUAUAAAAACUGAGAAAGCUUUGUUCAUCUCUUUAUUUCAGUUUCUCUGGAGACUUGUUUUCACCUAAUUAGAACAAAAUUCGAGCUUUCUCAUUUUAUGUAGGCCUCUGAGAUUGAAAAUUUCGAUAUUUCGAUAAACCCAUAAUCAGUUUCGUUCUUUGGUGUUUUUUGAUAUUCUUAAAAAGAAAAGAAUCUUGGAAUUGGGAUAUACUGAAGGGAUGAAGAUCUGACAUCAGAAAUAGAUUGAGACAAGAAGAAGAAAGAAGAAGAGCGAUAAUGUGGUGGUGGUGUUCUUCGGGAAAAGGUCGUUCUAAUCUGGAGAGGUUUCUCUUAGGAUUCACUCCCAAACCUCCUUCUUUCUCUCUUCCUCUGCAACAGGGGAAAGAAGAGGAGACUGAGUAUUUCAGGCUUGGUGAUCUUUGGGACUGUUAUGAUGAGCUAAGUGCUUAUGGCUUUGGAUCACAGGUUGAUUUAAACAAUGGUGAAACGGUUAUGCAGUAUUAUGUCCCAUAUCUAUCAGCCAUCCAAAUCCAAACUACCAGACCAGCUAUGAUGUCCAGGAACCAGAAUGAGGUGGUUGAAUCUGAGAGUAGUGAGUGUUGGAGCGAUAGUGAGAGCGAGAAGGUGAUGUCAAGGUCAAUGAGCAAUGAUUCGAGCAGAACAUGGGAUGAUGUCUCUGAUGAUUCUGUUUAUGAUCCGGAUGGCACACCACUACUGCAAGAUAGACUUGGUUACAUUGAGUUUAAGUACAUUGAAAGAGAUCCUCCUUACAAGCGGGUUCCCUUAACCGACAAGAUAAACGAAUUGGCUGAGAAGUAUCCUGGAUUGAUGACCUUAAGGAGUGUAGAUAUAUCUCCUGCAAGUUGGAUGGCUGUUGCAUGGUAUCCGAUAUAUCACAUCCCAACCUGCAAGAACGAGAAAGAUUUAAAGACAGGCUUCUUAACUUACCAUACUUUAUCUUCUUCUUUUCAAGAUAAUGUGGUGGUGGGAGAUCAAGAAGAGAUAGAGUGUUGUGAAGAAUCUGUCAUGAACAAGAGAAUCCCAUUGCCUCCAUUUGGUUUAGCUACUUACAAAAUGCAAGGAGACCUCUGGGGAAAGACAGGGUUUGAUCAGGACCGGUUGGUUUAUCUUCAAAGUGCUGCGGAUUCAUGGUUGAAACAGCUGAAUGUUGAUCACCAUGACUUUAACUUCUUCAUGAACUCCAGCUUUUAAGAACCUUGAACUGUUCUUUGCUGUUUUAAGCUCCCUCUUUUGUUGUUGUUGUCUGGCUUGUUGUGUUGUUUUAAGUAGCAACCGCCAUUGCUGAGUUGUUACUUCUGUUGCAAGUCAUGGGAGUUACCUUGAAGAAAACAAUUUGUUUCCUUUCUUUUUAGGUGUUGAGGCGAUAAGAAAACAAAAAUAAUGAUUUCGUACUUGAGUAAGACAAUGUAAAUGAAGUUCUUUACUCUUCUCUUUAUUUUA